GACAUGACGUUGACAUUCGUUUGUCAGAGUGACAGCACGACGGACAGUGCGACUACGAGUUGCGAGCUCGCGAAAGUUUAGCAAAAUUUUUAAUUUAAAUUGAAAAUUCAGUACUGGCCAAACUUGGUUGCAUAUAAUAACUUAUAAUAUGUGAUAGAGUAACAAUGGCGCGACCAUACGUACGUUUUGUCUUAAUAUAUUUAGUAUAUCACCUGACAGAGGUCUCCGGCCACGACCACUUGCUCGACGGCAUAUAUUGCGGUAAAGCGAACUGCUACGAGGUCUUGGGAGUUACAAGAGAGGCGACCAAAAAUGAAAUCGCCAAAAACUACAGACAAUUGGCGAAGAAGUUUCACCCGGACAUGCAUAGAGGCGAAAAGGAGAAACAAGAAGCGGGAGAAAAAUUUAAAGAGAUAGCGACCGCGUACGAGAUACUGCGAGAUGAGGAAGAGAGAGCCGACUACGACUACAUGUUGGACAACCCUCAAGAGUACUACGCCCACUACUACAGGUACUACAGACGCCGUAUGGCACCCAAGGUGGACGUGAGAAUCGUCGUAGCCGUGACUAUCACCAUCAUAUCCAUUAUACAGUACUACAGUGCGUGGUCGAAAUACGACACGGCCAUUACAUACUUCAUGACAGUCCCCAAGUACAGGAAUAGAGCUCUAGAGAUUGCCAAAGCGGAAACUAAAGAAUCUCAAAGUAGAAAAACUAAGAAAACUAAGGCCCAGUUGAAACUCGAGCAGGACAUGUUAAUAAGACAAGUUAUAGAGGAGAACAUGGAUAUAAAAGGUGCAUAUGCUAAACCAGAGAUCACUGACAUAUUGUGGAUACAAUUGAUAAUAUUUCCUUACACUGCAGCCUGCUAUAUCUAUUGGCAUUUAAGAUGGUUGUGGAAAUUCACUAUAUUAAAACAACCAUAUGGUAUGGAAGAAAAACUGCAUAUAAUAAGAAAGUAUUUAAAGGUUGGUAAACAACAGUUUGAUGCUAUGGAAGACAAGGAAGUGCAGGAGUUCCUAGACGAGGAGCUCUGGAUACGAGAGAACUUUGAAGUUUGGAAGAGCAGAAAAGACGAGGAAACCAAAAAAGCUCUAGCAGAGAACAACAAAUACAAACAGUACCGUCGGUACAUCAAACAGCAUGGAGUUGGAAGGAUGACCUUUGACGACUCAUGAUAAAAUAAGUUGUUUUGUUUAAUAAUAUUUUAUUUAUGAAAUAGUGUUAUUUUAUCAAGUUGAGUGAGAUUUUUGUGUGGUUUAUAUAUCAUUACAGUACAUUAUCUGUGAAGCUAUAAAAUAUUCUCUAUCUGUUAAUAACUUACCAUGACUGACAAUUGGGACAAACCCUUUGAACGUACAAGAACCAAACAUAUAAGAGUGAUUUUUGUCUGUUCUGUCUAGCUAAUAGGAUGCCAAGUGAAUUAAAAAAAUACAUAUUUUUAUAAUAGUUAACUACAAAAUCUGGACAUGACAUAUGGUCCCCAUUUUAUUAACCGACUUUAAAAGAAAGAAAGAUUUUUUUUAUUCAGUCAGUAAAACUCCACAAUAUUGAAACAAAAACAAACAUUAAAUGAAGACAAUUAAGAAGCACACUGACCAAUUAAAUGUUUCUCACUCUUCACUUACUUUAUACAUAAGGAUGUUCCAUGUUCCUCUAUAUCAUUGGUUCCCAAAGUGGUCUAGGUGGACCCCCUCAAAAGACUCAACAGCAGGGGUCCAUGUUGUUGUAACAAAAAAAUGGGGGUUCACGGUUUGUAAGUGGAGGUCCAUGAAAUUGUAUCUAGUUUCAUCCUGAUUGGGGCGUUUUCUAAAUAAAAUAAGUGAGAAUUCCUACCUAGUAAAAAGAGUACUAAAAACUGAUAAUUUUGUUGUUAAUUAGAAUGGAGCUGAGCCGCAACACAAAUUUCCAUAGUUAGAUAUAUAUGAUUUUUCCAGUGGCGUGCACAAGGCUUUUAGCUAGGGCAGGCUCUGUAAGUUCAAAUUUAUGCAUCUAUGAAGUGCGCGCCACUGGAUUUUGUAAACUUUGGGAAAUGGUCGAAAUGUAGCUGCAGUGCAGGCGGUCUAUCGGAACUAGCUAGAUUUCGCAACUGGUCUAUGAGAAAAAAUACUCUGCCCGAAAUAAGUCGGAUAAGAAAAAACUUUCCAGUGGUCCACUAAGUUUCCAGUAAUCACCAAGUAAUUAAAUGAUUUUUUUCGGUGUUAAAUUAUAUUAAACCAGCCAAACAUUUCACAUUUUAUAUUGUUUGUGUUAAUUUAAUUAUAACUACUACUAAUAUAUACUAAUAAAAUCAUUUUCAUAGUAAUGGUCAUAAAAAUCAUAGAAAUUACAUGAAUUUAUGAUCCUAAUAAAUAUUUCACACGUUUUUUCUUUUACAACUACUUAGCAAUAGCAAUAAAAAGUAACUUAAGUGACAUUACCCAAGUACUUAAAUAUAUUCUGUUCAUUGUUUGAAAAAUGUCAUGAUAAGCUCAAAUAUGACCAACUUUUGGGUUUUACUUUUACUCUUGUAAUGCCAGAGCAAAUGCACAUGCUUGCACUGAAAAUAACAGAUACCACAGAGAGCCAAUUUUACACAUGCCCUUGUCCCUAAUGCCUUCAUAGUGCAUAUAGUUAAUCAUCAUAAUAUUAUGUAAUAGGGAUGAUGACAGUUUUUUAAAUUGAAUAUAAAUUAAGAGUAUGCUAAUAGUAAAGCAAUUUUGUAAAAGUAACAAGGUAUCUGCGAUCAUUACUUCCGGAGCUACAGAUUACAGGAUUUAAAGGGUCAGAUUUGCGGCUCUGCCGCGAAUCUCUGAAAAACGCCCCAUACAAAAUGGUACGAACUUAUGACGUCGUAGGCAAUUAAUUAAUGAUCGUUAGAUUUGUAUAGGCGUUUAAACAAAAUUACUAAUAUCUUUGUUAUUUCUGCGUUUAUGUUUAUAGUUCAUAUAUUAAAAAAUGUCACAUUUAAUAUAAGAAAGCUAAAACUAUAUGAAUUUUUAUCUAAUUACGAUAAGCUCAUGACUAAGGGCCCCGUAUGGGUUCGAAACUAGUCGGGCAUACUCCGACGUAAUAUCACGUGAGUUUUAGCCGUGUUUCAUAAUCAUUUAAUAUGAAUAACACUCACGAUAGUUUAAAUUCUAAAAUAAUUACGAUAAAGUAUUUUUAAUAUAUUUUGAAAUUUUAUAAUCUUAUUUAUUUUGCAAAUAUCCAGUCAAUCUUUGCUUUUUAUGUAUAAAUUAGUUAACAUUGACCUUAUUUACCCGAAUUUAUUAUAAAAAUCAAUAUAUUCAAACCUAGUCAUCAUCCCCAUUGGUUCAAAGUGCGUUAAAUCCUAGUGUUAAGCUCUCUACAAAGUCACCACUGCUCAUAUUCUGAACAUUGAUUGGUUGUACAAUACUAUGUAAUUAUUUUCAUUAUUUUUUAAAAAUUAAAACGAAUGAAGUUUACUCAUUCAGAUCGACUGUCUAAAUAUAUAGGUGUAAGUAGCCCCGUAGCAUUUACCAUGUAUGUCUCAAUACCUACGCCUGAAAAGUGAUAAGUGCGCAACCGAAGAGCAGCAAGCCGCGACGUGCGCUAGGGCGCGCCCGCACGGUGAAAGGUGCGCAGAAAAAAACGUAACGCCGUCAUUUGUUCAUCGAAUUUUACUGCACAUAUUUUUUUAAUUUUCAUUAAAAAUCGAUUCUUAAGGAGUAAACUCCAAUAACUGUAUAUAGACAUUUUCUUCACUUGACUGCCUUUUAGUUCAACAGACUAUUAUUAAUGUACCUAUUUAUAAUAUUUAUUUUUGUUCAACCAUGUUAUUGUAAUGAUAGGAAAAUAAUAUAAUAUAAAUAAAACAAUUUCGUAUACAA